AUGGUAGGCGAGCAUAUGAAGCUCCCCACAUAUACCCACGUGCCAGCGCAGCCCAAGAGCCGCCGGCUUUCUCGCGGUCUACGGGUUGUUUUGGCAAUCACCUUCUCUUUGGUGGCAUUCCAAUACGCGCGACUCUACUCUGAAGUCAUCCGGCCGUCCCGAGAGAGCACCCAGGUUCCUUUACGCGCUGCAGAGUGGCUGGAAAAAUGCCAGCUCCUGGACGUGGAACCCGGUCCUCCGGAGGACUUCAACACUCGGACGCAAUCCGAUCGUUUCGUCCCUGGGACUCGACCUACAUUGAUUACGAAUGCCACGAUCUGGACGGGAAGAAUCGACGGUCUAGAAGUGCUUCGGGGCGACAUCCUACUUGACGGGGGUCUCAUCAAGCGGGUCGGCGUCGUUGAUGAUGACUUGCUCGACCAGUACGCGCAUCUCGUCCGCGUCGACGCUCAAGGACAAUGGGUCUCCCCAGGCAUUAUUGACUUACAUAGUCACCUGGGUGUCGAUAGCGUGCCUGAGCUGCGCGGCGGUGACGACACCAAUUCAUUCAAGGGCCCUGUCCUGCCUUGGCUCCGUGCCCUUGACGGCCUGAACACUCGUGACGAUGCGUACAAGCUGAGCAUCGCCGGAGGCCUUACGACUGCCCUUGUGCUCCCGGGGUCCGCUAACGCGAUUGGCGGACAAGCUAUUCUCAUCAAGCUCCGUUCAACGGCUGACCGCGCGCCCACCGGCAAGCUCCUUGAAAAUCCAUACGAACGCAAUGGCAGCGUCUACGACCCGCAUGCCUACUUCCGCUACCGCCACAUGAAGUAUGCGUGUGGCGAGAAUCCAGACCGAGUCUAUUCGAACACUCGUAUGGACACUGCAUGGGCAUUCCGCAAGGCGUACGAGCACGCUCGGAAGAUCAUGGAAGCCCAAGAUAAUUUUUGCACGAAGGCCACAAGAGGCGAUUGGGCAGGGCUCGGCGACUACCCGGAAGAUCUGCAGUGGGAGGCCCUCGUGGAUGUCCUGCGUGGUCGUGUUAAGGUUCACACGCAUUGCUACGAGACCGUCGACUUGGAUGACCUCGUCAGGAUCAGCAACGAGUUCAAGUUCCCGAUCGCCGCCUUCCACCACGCCCACGAGACUUACCUCGUGCCAGACGUCCUCAAGUCCGCGUACGGACACCCUCCCGCAGUGGCGCUCUUUGCGACGCAGGCACGCUACAAACGCGAGGCAUAUCGCGGAUCAGAGUUCGCGCCGCGUGUUCUCGCGGACCACGGUUUGCAAGUCGUUAUGAAGUCCGAUCAUCCAGUAUUGAACUCUCGCUACCUCGUGUACGAAGCGCAACAAGCGCACUACUACGGACUGCCCCACAACCUCGCGCUCGCCGCUGUCACGACUACUCCCGCGAAGGUAUUGGGCCAGGACCACCGCAUCGGUUACGUCCAGGAAGGAUAUGAUGCCGACCUUGUUCUUUGGGACAGCCACCCACUGGCUCUCGGGGCGACUCCACAGCAAGUAUGGAUCGACGGUAUUGCGCAGCUAGCGGCCCCGCAUCUCCUAUCUAAGCCGGCGUCUUUCCAAAAGUUACCGAAGACGCCUAACUUCGAUAAGGAGGUGAACGAGACCCUGAAGCACGACGGACUUCCCCCACUGGAACCUGUGCGGUCAAAAUCGAACACGGUGGUGUUCACGAAUGUUUCGAGCGUCUUCCUGCGGGAAGAGUAUACUGUGCGGGAGGCCUUUGCCGCAGAUUCGUCUAAUGCGCUUGCCGCAGGAGUCGCGGUGGUACGCGAUGGGCAGCUUAUGUGCGUCGACUCCGGGAUCAGUGCAUGCGCGCAGUCGAUUAAUGGUGAUGAGGAUGCGGAGUUUGUCGAUCUUGAGGGCGGCUCAAUCGCUCCUGGUCUCGUCAGCGCUGGAGCGCCGCUUGGGCUGCAAGAGAUCGACCAAGAAGCGUCCACCCAAGAUGGGUACGUUUUCGACGCCCUCACGGAAGGUGUGCCUGAGAUUGUUGGCGGGUCUGGCGCUCUCAUCCGGGCGGCUGACGGUCUUCAAUUUGCUACCCGAGACGCAUUACUGGCGUAUCGGGCUGGUGUGACAAGUGGCAUUGUGGCGCCCCAGACACGGGGCUUCCUCGCGGGACUCAACACCGCGUUCUCCACUGGCGCGCGCCACAAGCUCGAGAAGGGCGCGCUCGUGCAGGAGAGCGGCGGAGUGCACGUCGCAAUCCACCCUGUUGGAUCGCCCAGUGUCAGUACGCAGAUCGCGGCGCUUCGCCACUUGCUUCUGAGCGAGACGAACGGUGACAUCAAGCAGUGGUUUGGUAAGAUUAAGCAGGGAGAGGUUCCGUUGGUUGUCGAAGCAAACAGCGCGGAUACCAUUGCUUCAGUCCUGACGCUCAAGGCUGAAGUCGAGUCCAAGCUCCAUACAUCGUUGAAGCUCACCAUUAUUGGUGGGUCGGAAGCGCAUCUCCUCGCACAGGAGCUGGGCGCUGCAAACGUUGGUGUUAUUCUCAAUCCGGCGCGGCCAUUCCCCAACGACUGGGAGGAGCGGCGGAUUAUUGCUGGGCCACCGCUGACGGAGAAGAAUGCUGUACUGACGCUCGCCGAGAACGGUGUCACUGUCGGCUUGGGCAUCAAGGAGGUCUGGGAUGCCCGCAAUGCCCGCUUCGAUCUUGCAUGGGCUGCGCUGGAGUCGAACGGUGCACUAUCGAAGGCCGAUGCGCUCGCGCUCGCGUCGGUCAACCUCGAGAAGCUGCUGGGUGUGAAGGCGGACAGCGUGCGAGGGGAUCUCGUCGUGACGCGCGGUGGAGACCUAUUGGAAUUCAGCAAGGUCGUUGCUAUAAUUUCUCCCAGGAGAAGAGUCGUUGACCUUCUGUAAACUCGCCGGCAAGAGCACUGGCAGCUCUCGUCCUCUGACCGUAUGCCAACGGCCCGACCUUCCAGCGUAUCGGAGCGAGCUGUAAGCAUGCGUGCAAGCCCUUCAUAAUUCUAUGGGAAGU